GCUGGGGGUCUAUAUCCAAAAGUACAGCAGGAUGAUCAUCGUUCCACGCCCAACUUAGGUGGCUCAUCAUCUGCGGAACGCGACAUAGCACAUCGGAACUCCCUUACAAUUAAAUUACCAUCCACACGUUACGGUGUUGACGACGUACCAUUCAAGCUGAACCCUUCAGUGCAGACUUAUCUGUCUCUCAGAAAGAUGGGUGCAUUACCAGCGCUGAAGGUUUGUGACCGAGCAAGAUUGGAUUCGCUGUUGGAUUAUUCGUUCAAUUUAGAACGUGCCACUCUUUCCAAUCCAUGA